AUGCUGACUACUGCUUCAACGUGCUACAGCUACGAGCUCUCGCACCGCAUCCACUGCUCACUCAUCUCGCCUCUGACUGCCCCCAAUGGCUCGACCCUGAUCCUCUAUGGACUCCAGACGGGACUGCGCAUACUAUGGCGCGGCGGACGACCGCGGCGGCGGAGACAGGAUGCCGCAGCACAUAUCAAUGGCCACGAUGCCGCGGGCACGGUCGAUUUGCUAGAUGACGAUGAAUUCGAAGAGGACGAGGAAGAGCAAGAUCCCGACUGUCCACAUCCGAGCAUCAUCCAAGACCUCGAUGUCGCUUUCGGAACUGAGCGAAAGCCUGUGGCCGCUCUUCACCUGGCGACCAUUUCAAUCACGAACAACACAGCCGCACCGCAUGUCCUCAAGAGCAGUGCCGUCGUGGCCGCUUCUUCGAGCGACGGCAAGCUUAGAGUGCUUCAAAUUCCGCUCAUGCCCCCCGCCGAUGAUGCGAAAGAACAGGCUAGGGGUGAGAUCGUGAGUUCUGCUAUCGACCUAGAUCUGGGCACAUAUCACAUCACCAAUCUGCCUGCAAGUUUAGCAGUCAAAUUCCUUGCCCACGAGCACCAGCGAUCAAAUGCUCUAAUUGCCCCGAAUCACGAUGUGGAAGGAUCUCUGCUGGUGGUGAGCGCGGGCAGAACACUCCGCACCUGGACUAUUCCCGUGACAGCAGAUGCUAUUCUGGGGGACGACAUCAACAACCUUGACAAGAUAUUUCUGCCGUCGCCCGCCGUCAGUGUCUCGCUGCAUACAUCGCCGCGCUCCUCUCAGCUGUUGCUCGUCGACGCCACGUCUGCUGUGCGAAUAUACGAGCCUCUAGCGAGCCCUGCUCCGCGGCGAAGACCUGGCUCAAGCGAUUCGACACCCCAGCUACCGACCACAGUAUUAAAGCCAGGCGGGUGGAUUACCAGCUUCCAUCCUGCCUUUCAAGCGCCCAAAGAUGCCUCAACUAUCAGUGCUGCCUUCGCUCGACGGAAGAAAGUGUUGGACGCGAAGUGGAUUCUCGGCGGCAGAGCGGCUCUUGCCUUGUUAGAAGACGGCGAGUGGGGUAUAUGGGACGUCACGUCUCCGCCAAAAGGCAAGAACGUAGAAGUCUUUGCGUUGAACGGAUUCAUAGACACAGCAGCAAGGGCAGAAACAGCAGAACCUGCAAAGCAAAGACAAGGCGCGGCACGUCUCGCUCCAUCAACGCCAAAUACCCGCAAAGCCAAGCAAGAGCAACUCUUCUCCGGCACCCCUAAAACUACUUCACAUGCCACCCCACGUGGCGGCAUUUCUGUUUCUCCAUAUAGCAUCAAAGCUGGUGCGGGAGACGAAAGUGUGGUCAUCUGGUACAACAACCAAAUUUACUCCAUCGCCAGUAUAGGACGAUUCUGGCAACAAGGCACGAGCGGCGGACUCUAUUCCUCCAGUCUUACCCACAUCCCGGAGGUCAACUUGAUGCAGGAGAACAUCACCAGUAUAUCACAGUUUGCGUCCAAGACCGCCGGCUCUGGAAUUGGAUCGAUGAAUACUCCACGAGAUUUGCUCGUCUCGGCCGAACAUCGCGCGAUCAUUUUACAGAGUACACCUCCACCUACACCAAGCCGGCAGCUAUUCCACGCUGCGGAAAGACCAGCUUCACGAGAUCAGCAGAUGCUUGACUCUGGAGACCUAGACCUCGACGGGAUCGACAACAUGCUUGACAGCAUGGCGGCACCCGCGAGACGAGUCGGCUUUUUAAGUCCUCUUGCAUGA